GGUAUCUAGGGGAGCGGUUUCCGACGCACGCGCAGUUCAGCGUCUAAAGGACUUGGGGGGGGGGGGCCUGGGGGGUAACCCCGUGUCUAGAGCCACCGAAAUCCGCUGGACCCCCAGGGCCUGUGACGGUGCCGCGCGGUGGUGGUUCCAUACAGGUCCGGCCCGGCCCAGCCCAGCGAGCCGGCCGCUCUUUGCAUCCUACUGGGCUGAAUGAUGGCAUCUAGGCGAGUCACAAGGGAAACUUUUGAUGCUGUAAUACAAGAAAAGGUUAAGAGAUACAGCAUGGACCAUAGUGAUGCUAUAGAAGACACUCUCCAUCAGUUUAAGUCUCAAGGUCACUCAAGGUCAGUUCCAAGAUCAAGAGCAGACAGAUAUGAAGACAGUUUCCACGAUGAUGGAAGAUACAUUCAUGAUCCAGUCCAUCCUCGUGACACUUGGAGAGAAGACUUAAGGGAUGAUGUAUUUCCUGGACCUUCCUUUAGAUCCAAUAGUCCUCACAUAAGUGAAGAAAACUACUAUCAGGCAGAUUUUGGCCGGGAUCGGGACUUUUCUUGUGCAGACUCUCGGGACAGGGACUUCAGCCGGGUUAGCUCCAGAGACCGGGACUUUGGCCCUCGGGACUUCAGUCAUUUUGGUUCUCAAGAUCCGGAGUUUAGCCACUCUGAGUCUUGGGAGCAUGACUUUGUCCACCCAAGUUCCCAUGAACCUUCUUGGUCUCAUGAGAGUGACUUUGGUCCUGAGAUUUUGGGUGACUUUCGCUCACCUGGUCUUAUGGAGGAAGAGUAUGUGGACGUGGACAGUCAGGAGUAUGACUUGGAUGAGGCAGAUUAUGAAUUCCAACAGCCAGUGCCCAGGGGCAGGGGCAGGGUGCGCAGCAGAGCCCGAGGCAGCCGGGGUGCUGUUGGCGCUACUGACCGAGGUGCCAUUCUUCAGAGUAAGCGGGUGACAAGAGGUGCACUUAAAACCAAAGUCAUUAAAGCAGAUAUCAGGAAAAUUCCCGCAGCAAGAAAAGUGAAUACUAAAAAACUGCCCCCUAUGGUUCCCUAUCGAAUUAUUCCAAAAACUCGAGGUACUAAUCGAAUUAGGAAAACUAUUCUGAGGCCCGAUCUGAGUCCCGGGGUUACCCAAAGGACCGAAAAUGUCCAGCGUCCUGUGCGAAAGACUCCUUUGCGGCCCAAUCAGAAGACUAGUCGGCUGCCUAGAGGAGAAGUCAGUUUUGACCUAGUUGACAAAUCAGACAUUUUUUCAACAUUUGGGAUAGAGAUAAUCAAAUGGGCUGGAUUUCACAAGAUAAAAAAUGAUAUGGAGUUUUCACAGCUGUUUGCAGCUCUCUUUGAGCUAGAAACUGAAACCUGUGCAAAGAUGCUGGCCUCCUUCAAAUGUUCUCUGAAACCAGAACACAGAGACUUCUGCUUCUUUACCAUAAAGUGUUUGAAGCACUCUGCUUUGAAAACCCCCAAAGUUGACAAUGAGUUCUUGAACAUGCUCUUAGACAAAGGUGCUGUGAAAACCAAGAAUUGUUUCUUUGAGAUCAUAAAGCCAUUUGACAAGUACAUGAUGAGACUCCAAGACCGGCUUCUAAAAAGUGUCACUCCGCUGCUCAUGGCUUGCAAUGCCUAUGAGCUAAGUAUUAAGAUGAAGGGUUUUAGUAACCCUGCAGAAGUGGCAGGGGCCUUGGAGACAACUAAUUCCCUAUGUCGUAAAUCGUUGGCACUUUUGGGCCAAACAUUUUCCUUAGCUUCCACAUUCCGACAAGAAAAAAUAUUGGAAGCUGUUGGCCUCCAAGAAGUUGCUCCAAUUCCAGCAGCCUUCCCUAAUUUUGAUGACUCAACUUUGUUUGGGAGAGAAUAUAUAGAGCAUCUAAAAGUCUGGCUAGAGAAAAGUGGCCAUCCCAUCCAAAUGAAGAAGGCAGAUACCGUGUCCACAGAAGAGGUGGCAAGUGUUUUCUCUCCAAAUUCAGAUAGGAUAGCUGAGGCCCUAGGUGGAGUUCCUCAGCGAGCAGACAGAAAGGUUGUUGAGACAAUUGAAAAAUUUGUGAAGAGCAUAAUUGAAGGCAACUUGUCCCCAAAAGAAAGAGCAACACUAAAGAAGAACCCUACUUAUUGGUUCUUAUCUGAUGAGGAUAGUCUAGAGUAUAAAUAUUAUAAGCUGAAGUUGGCAGAGAUGCAGAGGAUAAAGAAGAUUAAAAAAGAUGAAGAACACCGGCCAACUUCAGAGGAAUGUGCCGUGAGAGCAAUGCUGUAUGCAAGGAAGGUCCAGAGCCUAAAGAAGAGAUUGAUUCCCCGGAAGAGGCUCGGGCUCCUCUCCUCUUUGGGGCUCAGUGGCUGGAAGAUGAGAAAAUCGACCGUGGGGACACAGACCCUUCUUUCAGCAGGGACCAUGCUGAAGCACCAGGUCAAACAUGCCCAUGGCAGGUUCCAAGCAAAACCUUCUGUGCCUGACAUAAACUGCCCUGAGAAGAGCUUGCUGUCAGAGGAACCUGGACCUCUUCCCUAUGACCCCAACCCAGGACUUUUGACCUGCCCUCCAGGAGCAACUGCAACUGAGGCCUCUCCUGCCUUGCCUGAGCCACCCCAGACUCCCCCACCUUCCCAGUUUGCCAAUGUUGAUGCUAAGACAAUGGACACUGCUGAGAAACUAGCUAAAUUUGUUGCUCAGGUGGGACCAGAAAUUGAACAAUUUAGUAUAGAAAACAGCGCAGACAAUCCAGAUCUGUGGUUUCUACAUGACCAAAAUAGUCCUGCCUUCAAGUUUUAUAGAAUGAAAGUGUAUGAAUUAUGCCCUUCCAUUAAUUUCACAAAAACCCCACUAAACCUCAAAGCAGGAGAGGGUCUGAAAUCAGGGAAGGCUUCAGAUCAUGGGGAAGAAGAGGAGCCAGAGGAAGAGGAGCUUGAGGGAGAUCAUUCUCAACAGGAGACUGAACUAGAGUUAGAAUUGGGGCCUGAGGAAGAAGGUACAGAAGAUGGCACCUCAGCUCAAGAAAUGUCCUCUAGAAUUGGAGAAGAAACUGGUAGAGCAUCUCAUUCAGAGGGGAUCCCCUCCGAGGAGGCACAGAACACAGGAGCGGAGGGCAAUGGUGCCAGUUUAGCAGCUCUGUCACAGUCCUCUGCUUCGAGUGCCUGUUUCCCUCGAAAGAGAAUCAGCAGCAAAUCAUUAAAAGUUGGCAUGAUCCCGGCUCCCAAGAGGGUGUGUCUUAUAGAGGAACCUAAAGUUCAUGAACCUGUGCGAAUUGCUUAUGACAGGCCCCGGGGACGCCCUGUGUCCAAGAAGAAGAAACACAAAGACUUGGAAUUUGCUCAGCAGAAACUGACUGACAGGAAUGUGGGUUUUCAAAUGCUUCAGAAGAUGGGCUGGAAGGAGGGAUGUGGCCUGGGCUCACGUGGGAAAGGAGUUAAGGAGCCUGUAAAAGUGGGAACUACCUCUGAAGGGGAGGGCUUGGGUGUUGAAGGGGAAGAAAAUAAUGAAGAUACAUUUGAUGUUUUCCGUCAAAGAAUGAUACAAAUGUACAGGCAGAAACGAGCAAGUAAAUAGGUUUGCAGAAGAAAUGUGUUACAGGCUGAAAACGCUGAUAUUUUACAAAGCUGCUGCCCACAGGCUUUCUGGUGAUUUUUAAUUCACUUCGGCAAUGUGCAAAGGGAUUUUCUUUGGCACAGUGAACUCAGAAGUUAAUGUUACCCACCUACUAGUUUGCCAAGCUUCAGGAUUAGCCUUGCACUUGCUGCAUAGGCUGACAGUCUGGGUGGCAGCUUACCUGGAAGAGACUCCUUUUGAUUUGCAGAAUUCAUUCCGUCGCUUUGCCAAGGUUUGGUCUCACCGAUGAAGAAAGCCUGCGUCAAAGCCCAUAUAGGAAAUUCAGUAGUCAGAAGAAGAACAUUCCAAACAUUUUCCUUGUCCAAGUUUAAUUAGUGCUGACAUUUUCCCCCAUUUCAUUUUCCUAUUCUUUUUCAGAUGCCUCCUUUUUCUCUACUUUUUCCCCAGCCAGACUUUGAACAAAACAGUUGUCUUCAAGGAACAACCGAACAACAUUGAUUAAAGAUAUAGCCCUAAAGUGGUUAAUCUUGAAAUCUUUUUUUGCUGACCUGCAUUAUCAGCAAAGCCAGUACAUCUAUAUUGGAUGAGCAUAGUGAAUGAAUAUACAUGAAAGAAAUUUCUGUCUUUGGUGCAAAGAUUGUUUUUUUCUUUUUUGGGGGAAAACCCCUAAAUUUCCAGAAUCUUUUGCACUUGCUUUUUAACCUUUGUUUUAAGCACUUGUAACCACAAGUCUUUUUAUAGUUUCCUUUUUUGCUCCUCGUGGAAACAGAAAUGAACCAAGCCAGUUUCAUGUUGUCCUAACAGAAGGUAGCACUAAAAUAAAAUUUAAAAUAUCGAAGAGCCCAAUUCUCAGAUUUCCUAUCCUGUGGGCUAAAUAUAUAUAGUUGUUUCUGAUAUGAUUGAACAUCGAUUGGCCUCCAGAAGCUCUGUCAGUAAACCUCUCCUUUGCUUAUGAGACAAAUGUAAGCCAGGAAUGAUUACAAAUUACACUUUCUAAUUGCCUUUCUGAAUUUCAGUAGAAGGCAAACUAGAAUGCCCAAGUGAGUCCACUGGAGAAUGUCUGGAGGUUCUUCAGAAGACAUGGAAGUCUUUGGACUUGACAAAUGUGUUUACCUGUGGGCAAGUCUUGUAACCUUUCAGUGUAUCUUAGAUCUAGUAAGGUUCUUCAUUAGUCUUAGAUACCUGUGUUCAGUGGGGAACAGUCCAUUAGACUGUUUAACUUCCUUCUCCCCAGUUGGCAAGGGUCCUAAGAAUUCAGUCAGAUUGUGCCACGGUUGUUAAAAAGAAAUAAAAACCAUACACUUUUAUGUUCUGCCCAUUGCCUUUUCUGUGAUGUAUUUUGAAAACUAGUAAAGACUCUUCCCUUUUUUGCAUGUGUAGCAAUGGGUAAAGGAUUAUUUUAUUACAGUCCUUGUGAGGGAAAGGGGAAAAAAAUCCCAAUCCUAUUUUAGGCUUUCCAGUACAUCUGUUUCUUAUUUAAAAGACUACAACUACAGUCUUAAUCCAUCUAUCACCAUACUUCUUGUACCUACAUGCGGAAUUCCUAAGCUACCAGAAAUUAAGUCUUUGAUGAUAAAGUGUCAGCGCUGAAGUUUUAAACAAGUGUUAAAAUGCAAGACAACUUGGGAUCCUCUUCAGUAAAUUAUUACAGCUGUCCCGCUUAUUCAGCUGGAAAGCUAGAGGACAGAGAGCAAUUGCUUCUCCUUGGAGAGUUACAGAAAAGAGAUAACUGUCUUCAUUUUGGGGUCGUUAAGGAAUCAUUGCUUCUCCAAAGCAAAAGACAAAAACACCUUCUAGCUGUUAUGACCAGAUUUCUUUUAUUGCCUUGACCACCAGUAACACCACUAACCCAGCCCCCCAGAAAUGUAAUACCACAAUAUUUUACCAAGCUGGACCCUCUUUUCCAGAUGUUCUCUUGAAAUCGAUCCAAAUGCCAAAGCAACGUGUUCUGUACCACUUGUUCGGCCAACCGGCAGAUAUCUUUGCCUUUUGACACAGAGAAGUUUCAAGUGUCAAGACUGGUGUGUAUUGAUUCAAGACCUAAAGACAAUUCUUACUUUUCCUUUGUGAUUUGGUUUGGAGAUGCUGAAGAGUUUGGCCUAAGGAAUGAAUGAAUAAAUGUGCAUCGUUCAGUAAAAUUUAAUAAAACAUGUAGCUGCAUAGCUACGUUAUAUUCAACAUAGGCUUCCUUAGGAAAUCUGGGGACAGCAAGAAUUUAUGUGGCUUUUUCUAGACCCUUACUACAGAGGUGCAUUCCCUGCACCUUUUUCUUAAUUGGCCAUUGUGUUGACUAAUUGAAUUAAUAAUGGUCUUUUAGAAUUGGAUGUUCAUCCAUUGUGGUCAGUUUUCAAAUGUGACUUUAUGGAAGCAAUGUGAUUGGUCUCUGAAGACAUUUUUCGUAUUCCCUCAAUAUGAGUGUAGCUCUUUCUUUGCAGCUCAUCCACAAGAGCCUUUGAUGCUAUUGUUGCCACUUCACCUCUUCUUCCAUAUUGACUUUCUGGAAGCCCGUUCAUUCUUUCAACUAGUUAAAGUUCUGUUUACAGUUAGGAGAGUGUAAUGCAGAGUGUGACCUCCCACAUUGGGGCAGUCCCACUUUCUCAGCCACCUGGUCCCUAGUCAUUAUUCUGGGAAUGUUUUGGUUGGAACUGAGACUGCUGGUCCAAUAUCAUUUUGGCGUAUGUGAAAAAGACUCAGGUUAUAUUCUGUCCUGAUUGCAGUUCAUUGGAAAGCAAUUUGUUGGAGUAUAACCUACUCUUGGAAAGAAAUGUGAAAUGGUUCUUGAGGGAGUCUUAAACUGCUGACAUGGAUAACGGUAGUUAUCUGUUAACUGGAGUCGGCCUUUCUUGUACCAAACUUCUGUUUGGGUCGAGAUGCCCAGCGAGCAGCACUGGUGCUAAGAUUCUAGUGUGGCUCCCCGGUGGGUUCCCCCAUAUUCCCCGGCCUGCUCUGCCCUGCUUUUGCAGGCUCAAUUGAAAAUGCAGUACAUAUGAUGUUGCACAAAUACACUACUUUGUUAAAGUUACUAGUUUCUUUUCUGUUAUUUUAGUUUCCAGGGUGUCUUCGUGAAGACUACAAGCAUCAAUGAAAAUUUUAACUUACUUCCAUGUUGUGUUUACUGUAUCUUGGUUUGUUUUUAUCCUGGGUAAUCUUGUAGUGAAUUUUUACAUGUUCCAUGUAAAUUGACAAUGCUAAAGCUUAGAAGAUGCUUGUGAUGAUGGAAGUUUGUUUUUCUUUUUUUUUUUAAGUUGUGAACAUUGUUAACCUUUUAGCAGCUAUAAUAAAUGUAGA